AUGGAGAGUGUAGUGGACAGCCAGCGGCCCGGAGAAAAGCGUGGUCGCCAGUUCCAGGUGCCAAAAAGAUAUGAGUUCCAAAAAAGCAUACCAACAAGUCGUGAAUCCUCUGCUCAUACUUCCAUUUUCAAGCCAAAUUUUACGCUCAACAAACUUCGACGCGAGCACUCGACACAGUCACUACAGACUUCGCUCAAGCGAACGCAGUCUCCAUUUUUUGGCUCCAAGAAUGACCAUAUGGCAGAAGUGAAACGCCAUAGUUUAUCAGCUGCCUCCGGAGGUGGCCCAGGGUACAGAAACCAUAUAAUUAAUGCGUAUAAUGAUUCAAAGGUGUUUGAGACUGUUGCUCCAAGACGAACAUCCUCUGUCAAUUACAUUCUUGACACGCGGUCGAAUCAGGACGCGCAGUGCACGCCUCCAGUUCCCGACGAGACUGGGAAAAAAAGCAUACUAAUCAACAGGCCGCCGCCUAAUGAGGCACCUUCAUUUAAUUCUUCAAUCUCGAAAAUCAAUUACUAUCAGAGCGACUUGCAAGACUCACAAUAUAUAGAGCAAGUGAGAAGACGAGACUUAAGAGACCCUAAUUCUACGGAAAUUAGGCACAGGCCGAGCUCUACAGAUAAUACAACAAAAUCAGAGCAGAAAGGAGAGACAACCGAUGACGAGACUCGUUCAGAAUCCCAGAGUAGCGGGCAUGACAAUAACGACACAGUCAAUCCGUACUUAGAUCCUCUCGAUUCGCACGGGAUUGGGAUGACCGAGUUCUCUACACCAACGCAAACAGUCCCCAUGCGAACGCAGCAACGACAGUUGGCCAUUAAGGACCUGAUGCAACACCAUAGCCUUGCAGGGAGUGCUUGGUUUGAGUUGGGAAUUAAAGAUAAUUCCAAAACCGAGGAUUCUGCAGAGCCUGUGGAGCUCAUUAGCCAAAAUGUCUGGGCGAACGUCAGUAUUGAUGAAAGAAACAAGUAUGAGCACAUUUCCAACGACCUUCGGAAACUGGCAUUGUACAACAAGAAACCAAUGAUGGAUUGCAUAGGACGGUAUUUCGAGUUUCCAAAACAGACACAUAUCAAUACAAAAGUGCGAUCUCGGGCGCUACCCCAAGAAAAGGAAGACUCGUAUCUCGAUUCUAACGGACGCUUCCGAAAGGGAGUGGGAAGAGAAUUGGCAGAGGACUUAUGGAACUCAGCAAAUAGCAAUUUUAGAUUCUUUGAUACAUAG